GAUCACUUCCGUAAACACACGGUUCUCUUCCUGUUACACGCGUGGCCGUGGAGUUUAUCGAGGAGUUAGUUACUGUGAUUAAAGUCAUUAACGCUGCUGUGAGUGCGGGCAUGUAAAGAUCGCGGCUCCUGCGCAGCUUUCACCGCGUGAAGUGAGCGUUGCCGUGCUGGUGGAGCAUGGAGAUAGACGGUCGGGACUUUCUGAACACGCCUCCGGUGAAGACGGUCAGGUUUGGAGGGUGUGUUGCGGAGACGCUGGAGAAAUACAAGCACGGAGACUCAAGUGAUUAUGAACUUCUGAAACAUCAGUUGGCUGAUCCUGAGAUAAAGGAUGCUCAGAUCAUCAACUGGCUGCAAGAAUUUCGGAGCUGUGUGACCCAACUGAACAAGGAUCACGAGCAGCUCAUUUAUACUAUAUUGAGGCUUCCGUGGCUGGACCGGAGCCAGGCUGUGGUGGAGGAGUACCUGGCCUUUCUGGGUAACCUGGUGUCAGCGCAGACAGUCUACUUGUGCGCAUGCCUUAAGAUGGUGGUGUCCCACUUCACUCCCAAGAGAGUGACUGUCUGUGAAGGAGGAGUGGAUAUCUCUGAUUCAGAUGAUGAAGAUGAGAAUCUACCCAGAAACUUCGAUCAUUGUCACCAGGCGCUGCAGCUCAUCAUCAGAUAUGUUCCAUCCACAAGUCGCUUUCUGAUGCCUAUUCUGCAAGAAAGCUUCCCCUUCAUACAGAAAUCCUCAAGAACACUGGAGUGUUAUGUCCAUAACCUACUGAGGAUAACGGUGUACAUCCCCUCCAUUCGACGAGAUCUGCUUGAGGUGAUCAUUGGAAAGCUACUCAAACUGGAUGUGAGCGCAUCCCGAACAGAUAUUGAGGAAGCUGAGGAAAACGAAGGGCAGAGCAAGAAGGCAGAGGAGCAGACUGAGGAGGGUGUCUUUGACAUGGUAACAGCAAGCAGGGAUGAAGACAUGCCAACAGAUCAGCCCUCCAAGAUGACUGUGACGGCCCAUCCUGUGGCUGAGAGGCUGGACACUCUCAUGGUUGUGCUUAUGGUUUACAUCAGAGAUAUCUGCUAUGUCAACGGUUCUUUUCAUGUGGAAAGGACGAAGGAGCUGUACAGAGAUUUGUUGACUGUGUUUGACAAGCUCAUUCUGCCAACACACGCUUCUUGUCAUGUGCAGUACACACUGUUUUACCUCUGCAGCUUCAGACUGGCCCUGGCAGAGGCCUUCUUGGAUCACCUGUGGAAGCUCCUGCAGAACCCCUCUCUGCCAGCUGUCCUCCGCCAGGCUGCUGCUGGAUACCUGGGAAGUUUCUUGGCCCGAGCAAAAUUCAUCCCUGUGAGCACUGUGCGGGCCUGUGUUGAUUUGCUUAUCUCCUGGAUCCAUCGUUACAUUGACAGCCAGGACAAAUGUGGCAAACAGGUCUGUUGUGAUGUCAGCCUGCAUGGGCCCUUCUACACUUCCUGCCAGGCUGUUUUCUACACGAUCAUCUUCAGACACAGAGCCAUGCUCGAGGCCAACAUGAAGAAAGGUCUGGAGUACCUGCAGAGUCUGAAUCUGGAGCGGGUGGUGAUGUGUCAGCUGAAUCCUCUCAGAUUCUGCCUACCUUCGAUUACCAACAUGUUUGCAGAUAUCACCAGGAAGUACCAAGUGGUGUUCUGCUACACCAUCAUAGAGAAGAACAACCGACAUAUGCUGCCGGUGGUCCGCAGCUCUACUGGAGGAGACUGUGUGACCACCAACACCAAUCCACUCGACAGCUUUUUCCCCUUUGACCCCUACUUGCUCAAGAGGUCCGGUCAACUGAUUGAACCACUGUACCAGGUCUGGGAUGAUCUGACAGACACAGAGCUCCUUCCCACCAAAACCAGGAAACAGGGCUCGAGGGAGGAUGAAGAUGACUUUCUGUGUGGAGAGGUGCCCCAGGCCGAGGGCAUCGUAGGAAUGACGCCUAGCUCCUAUGACUCAAAUGUCCGCAGUCCAGGCAGCAUAGGCUCACCACCGAUCACCUUCCAGAGGCCAUUUUAGUUUUCCAUCACGGACUGGAAAGGUCUGAUGGACUCUUUAACUGCUCCAGAGAGAGAGCAGAUCCUGCAUAGUGAUGCUUCCACAAGAUGCUUCAUUACUAAGUUCCAAACAGUGUGAAGAACACACCAGCUCAGACCGAAGCCCUUUUCAGAUUUCAGAUCACAUUGUUCCAUCAUUACUUUGUUAAAGUGACCAGCAUUCAGAAAUCAAUGACUUUUAUGUUCUUCAUCACUCACACCAGGGUGUGUGUGGGUUAGGGAAUGAGGGAAUCCCUCUUCUGGAUUGAGAAAAUGCAUCACAGAGGAAUAUUUUAGUCUUACCGCAAAUUAAAGCAGUCUUGGUGAGAUAAA